AUGAAUCAGGCUUACUCGUCGGCCCCGUCAGAAUGUUAUAACAUCCCCCUAUAUCGAGAGAGUACUACUCCCUUGCAGUCCGAGGAUAGGGCUAUGUUAUAUGAUACUUUGCUUUUCUUAUCAGUUUCGGCCCCUGAUAUCAACAACCUCUCACUUAUAUGUCCCUCGUGGCGGAGUCUAACUGCACCAAGGCCCAACCUAACGUCCGACCAACAUGAUGAAACUUUAGGACCUACCGAUCCGUGUGAUCUUUCGGUUUUGAAUGAUGAUACAUCCGAGCCACCUGCUAUGCUACCCGGAUCAAUUCCUUCGAAUUUAGCUUUUUCGUCUGAGCUCGACUUCGUUCCCACACCUAGGCCGGUCACUCCAGAAUUCUUCUCGAGCCUGAGUGAGCUGCCCUCACCAUCGCUUCCUCCAGUUCAUCCAGAAUUUUAUUCAAACGAGCUGGCCUCACCAUCACCUUCGCCUGUUCCGCAAGUGCCGUCCUUUACUAAUAUUGAGGCUGAGUAUAGUCCGCAACCUGCUUGCAUUGACCCCAGCCUGCUGAACAUUACACCAUCGGUGCCCGCAACAAACAUCAACAUCACGAGUUCCCCAGAUGCUACGAACCUACCAGGUAUACAACAUCCCGGAGCAACUGACGAGGGAUCAAAUUCAAGGUCAUGCCACGAAGUACCCCAGCCUCAGCCUGAGGGCCUUUUUCUCAUGGUUCCUUAUUAUCCUUAUCCUUAUCCUUAUCCUGGACCAGCGCAUACUCCUUUUGCGGGACAAGUUCCCAUAACUCUAGCUGGUCCAGGGCCAGCACAUGUGGGACUGUCCACAGGAUUUGGUCACAGUGUGAACGCAUGUGACUGGGGAACUCAUGCUCCACUGACUGCGACGAACGGUGUUGAACAUCACCACGUUCAUGGUAGUCUCAAAGUUGUUUAUAGCAAAGACCCUCAUAAUUUUUAA